GCUGAGGGGGCGCGGCGGGCCCCGGGACCCCGCGGGGGCGGCGGGGCGGGCCCGGGCCCCGGGCCCCGUUCCUGCAGCUGCUGGCGGGGCUGUGCUUGUGCGUGGUUUUACGCGGGGACGGUGUUUUCGCGAGGCGUGGGGUGAAAGGCCACGCAAACCAGGUUUGUGUGAUUGCUCACAUAACUGCCAGAGAAAUGCCAACCCUUCACCGAUACGAAAAAGAGAAAUUCUUCGUAAAUGCUGAAGGCAGGAAAGAAUCUGUACCAAGUAUACAUGAUCCCGCUACAAGGGAACUCUCUGUUGUUGUGCCUUCAUACAAUGAGGAAGACCGGUUACCUCUUAUGAUGGAUGAAGCUUUGGAUUAUCUAGAAAAAAGACAGAAACGAGAUCCUUCAUUCACUUAUGAAGUAAUAGUGGUUGAUGACGGUAGUAAAGAUCAAACUACGAAGGUUGCAAUGAAGUACUGCAAGAAAUAUGGAAGCGACAAAGUGCGAGUGCUUUCUUUGGUAAAAAAUCGAGGGAAAGGAGGAGCAGUCAGGAUGGGUGUCUUUAGUUCUCGGGGGAAAAAAAUUCUUAUGGCUGAUGCAGAUGGAGCUACAAAAUUUGCAGAUAUUGAAAAAGUAGAAGAAGGUCUAAAAAACCUUCAGCCGUGGCCUAACGAGAUGGCUAUUUCCUGUGGUUCUAGAGCGCAUCUGGAGAAGGACUCAAUAGCAAAGCGCUCUUACUUUCGAACUCUUCUUAUGUAUGGGUUCCACUUCCUGGUAUGGUUUCUCUGUGUCAAAGAGAUCAGGGACACACAGUGCGGAUUUAAACUUUUAACCAGAAAAGCUGCCUCAAGGACCUUCUCAAUUCUUCAUAUAGAACGCUGGGCAUUUGAUGUGGAACUUCUUUAUAUAGCUCAGCGCUUGAGAAUACCUAUAGCAGAAGUUGCUGUCAACUGGACUGAAAUUGAAGGUUCUAAGUUAGUUCCCUUUUGGAGCUGGCUGCAGAUGGGCAGGGAUCUUCUUUUUAUACGACUGCGAUAUAUGACUGGUGCCUGGCAGCUUGAAACAAGAAAAUGUAAUUAGGUUAUUUACAUUUUCCAAAUAUAUUAUUAUACUUAAUGGAACAUGAGAACAGUUUCAAUCAAGUGAAGUGGUGAUGAAAGCUGAGGUAAUUCUUCGUUGCUCCUGUUGUAUGUUUUCAUUUUUGCAGCAAGUAUAUGUUUUAUAAGAUUGUCAGCAGGGAACUUGAACAAUGUUUCGAAAAGAGAAAGCAUUUCCAAAAAGAUUUUUCUUAUCUGGUAAUCAGGUUUUUAUCUUAUUAAAUCAUAGCUUUAACGUGUCUUAUAAAUUCACUGAAAUAAAUAUAUCUGCUUUUGUCUCAU